GGGAGAUAUGCCAGAACAAAUCCAAUAAAUUGAGGUCAGCCGGAUUCUCGAGCUUUCCCAGUGGGCAUUCAUCUUUUGCGUUUGCAGGAAUGACAUAUUUGACCCUCUGGCUAUGUUCCAAGUUUUCGAUCGCGUUCCCAUACCUCGCUCACUGCCCAGUCAAGCACGACCUGGAGGAUGAGGAACGAGUUUUCCCGUUUCAUACUGGGCCAGCAGAAAAUAGAUCACCUUCUAUUCGAAACGAGGGAGCUGCUCCGCCGGCAUAUACGCUUAUUAUUGCACUUGUGCCAAUUUCGGUUGCCACCUUCAUAGCUGCUUCUCGUUGGUUCGAUCAUCGCCAUCACGGUGUCGAUAUUGUAUCCGGAUCCGCCAUUGGUAUUUUCUUCGCCUGGAUCGGUUUCCGUUUAUACAACCUUCCCAUCAAACGCGGCGCAGGUUGGUCUUGGGGGGCAAGAAAUAGCCGACAUGCUUUCUAUAAGGGAGUCGGUAUUCCCAGCCACACUGGCAGCAAUAAUUGGGCGAGUGAACAGGAUACCGAAAACAGGAUAUUGGUGUAAAGGGUUUGACGAUCUCGCAGCGACGAAAAUAAUGGCUGACGAAUCUAUUUUUGACGUAUAUUGGAGAUAUCCUUGGGAUUGGCAUUUGUCCCCUGUCUGGUGAUGUGAAUUUGAGUAUUUGCCGUGUAUAUAGAGGGACUGCAUGCGUAAUAUGCUCCAUAUUUAUAUGAACAUAGCUCAAACCAGUUGGUGUCGGAUGAGACCCUGCUCUGGAAUUACCUCCAUCCACCAACUCUCCCCUCAUCCCAUCGAGCUUUGGCCUCUCUCCUAGCAGCCAGUUUCGCAGACUCGGCCCUGACUCGUCUCACCCAAUCCGCGACCUCCUUCUCCGUAGCCCGCCCAUGAUGACCCUCUUCGAGAAAGCUCUCUUCCACUGCUUGACAGACAGCCUCUUGCUCCGAGAUACCCGCCGC